AGGAGCUCUGGGAGUGAUUCUAAACGAAGAAAAACAGCCACAAAGUCAAAGCUAUGGACCGCUCACUUUGCUUGUUUUGCCGACUGGUUUUGUUUUAAAACGCCUACAUCAGUUGAAAAGCAAAUACUUUUCAAAGCUGUACUUGGACUGAAGAGGAUUAAGCCCGAUCUUGAAGACGAUGAGAAUACCGUUAAGGAAAAGAUUACCUCAGAUGCCUUGGAUAGUCAAGGGGAACCAGAAGGAUUUCCCGCCCUUCGAACAUGUGGCAGCUUUGAGCUAAUGCAGUGCAGUCCGAACUGUAGGGACUUAACUGGAAUUACUUGUGCAUGGAAUGCAAAGGACCUCAGAGCUAAUCUGGGAGGUGGGCAAGGCAAAAUGUGUCUGGUACCUAUACAGAAAUCCCUUUCUAUGAGACCCCUUGCACUAAAGGGUGCUGAAUCUGCACUUAAAGAAAAAUGUAACAAAUCCAAGAAAGAGAUUUUGGUUCGUGAACUAAGAAAGCAUCUAUGGGAUUGUGAAGAUGCAGAUGAUGAGAUCGAUGAUUCAACCCUGCAUGCCUCUGUGUUUGAAACACGACCAACAACUCUUGGGUCCUCAACAACUACAACAGCUGUUUUAAGCCAUGUAGUUUUGGAAAGCACCCAGAGGAAUCUCACCACUUCUGCUGUUGAUUCCCUGGUUUCACACAGCCCUUCAGUUGUAGAGAGAAGUUCUACUGCCAUGAAUCCUGAUCCAGCUAACCCUCCAUCUUUGAAUUCAAGUGGAGAAGACUCUAGUAUUGACACACCCUUAACCAUGGCAAAAAUGUCAGUGGAUGAAGUGGUCAAUAAAACUGUCCAUAUUGCCAGACACAAUGUCAACAAUCCAGUAGACAUCUUACGGUGUUUUCAACAAAACAUAGUCACUGGAAUAGACCUAGAAGUUGAAAAAGCACACAAACCAACAGAGGGAGAAACCAAUUAUAUUAUGGUUGAUCGUUCAAACCUACUUCAAUCAUCAUUUGAUGAGUUAAGUUGUCUGCAAGACUACAGAAAGACCUUAGAAGUGCAAUUUUAUGAU